CAUUUACAUCGAUCUCGAUGCACUGCGUUCGGAACGUCAGCCGAGUAUGUCGUCAGGCACACGCAACACCAUCUGUGGCAACGGUAGCACCAUGUCCAGUGCAAAUUAAGCCUUACGUACGUUGCGCGGCUUCCGGAAGCGCCCUGGUCGUAGGCGGGGGCUUCGCCGGGCUGGCAGCAGCCGAUGUCCUUGCAACCGCUGGGCUAGAUGUGGUGCUCGUCGAACAGGGCCGUGGCCUUGGCGGCCGCAUGUGCACCCGCACCGUGACGCUUGGGAGCCACGGCGAGCGGCUCACCUUCGACCACGGCUGCCAGUACCUGACUGCUCGAACUCCGCUUUUCGGGGCUGUGCUGGGGGAUCUUCACGACCGGGGGGCUGUUGCGCAAUGGGGUUUGGGGAGACCCGUGGGGGCGGCCCACCUGGCUGAGGACGGUACCGUGGAUAUGAGUACCUUUGUGGCUGAUACCGGUAAAACUAUGUGGGUGGGGAACCCCACGAACAGCGCUGUGGGAAGGGCGCUGGCGGCUCGGGUGGGUUCCCAGCGUCUGGCCCCCCUGACUGCCGUACGCGUGGACGAGCUGGUUUGGAACCCCGAGAAGAACGUGUGGACGUGCCGUGCGCGGCGGGCUGGAGCCAUCAACACUGGCGGUGGUGGCGGCGGCACGGAUAUUGAUGCAGCAGUUGCAAAUAGCAGCGGUGGCAGCGGUGGCAGUCAUGGCAGUGGUGACGGUGACGGUGCUGAGUCAGGUCUGGUUCCGGAGCUGGUGGCUGCGGCCAGAGAGAUUCGUUCCAACGUUUGUUGGGCCCUCCUGGUGGCGCUGAAUAAGAAAAUAGAUGUUCCAUUCGACGGGGCGCUCCUGAGCCGACCUGAUGCCUCCGGGGGUGCCAUGGCCCAGUACGGCCCCAUAGCCUGGGUCGCACGGGACUCGUCCAAGCCGGGUCGACCCGCCGUGGCGGGAGGUGCGGGGGAGGCGUGGGUGGUGCACGCGGCUCCGGAGUGGAGCAACCUGCGGCGUGACGUGGCGCCCGCUGACGUGGCUGCGGAGCUGCUGCGCGACUUUGCACAUCUGGUGCAGACAGAUAUCUCUCCGGCGGAUGUGAUCCACCAGGAGGUCCACCGCUGGAACAACGCCUACCCGCUCAACCCGAGACCUCCCAACCCGCCCGAGGCCAUCACCAACAGCAGUAGCAGCAGUAGCAGUAGCAGAACCAGGCGACACAGCAGCGGGACGUCGGGGGGCGGCGGCGGGGGGGAGGUGCAGCUACAGCCGCCUCCACCACUAGCUGGUCACUUCAUGUUGCGACCGGACAUACGACUCGGUGUGUGCGGCGACUGGUGCAAGGGACCUCGGGCGGCAAAUGCCUACAUGACGGGCUGGGAGGCGGCAACUGCAGUAUUACUGCAGCUGUGA